CAUGACGAGGGCUGUGUUCUCUUGAAGCAAUCCUCUUGCUUCUUCCCAAACUGGAAAAACCCUUGGAAGUUGGGAUUAGCUGAAAUGGAUCGCUAUAGAUAUUUCAUCUUCAACCAGAAAAGCAUGGUUGUUCUGGGACUUUUACAAAUAGCUUGUGCUGCAAUUUGCGUUGCCAGCGGAAUAAUCGAUAGUGGACACAGAAGGGAAUCAGCACUGAGUAAAUCUAAGAUACCCAUCUGGGCUGGAAUGUUCAUGAGUAUUCCUGGAGUUAUGGCUUUGUUUUCUUCCCAGAAGAAGAAUCCCGUUCUGGUGUAUGCAAUGAUGGUUGCUUCUGCAUUUUCCUGUUUCACAACUCUCAUCGUAAUCAUCUAUGCCUCAAUGACAUUAGAGUAUGGUGAAAGAUAUAAGGGCUUAGAUGUUGUGCCCUCCAAUCAUCCAGCUGCAUUUGUGCUUGAUAAACUUGUGGAAGGAGCCAACAUCACACUCCUAAUUGCAUCUAUUGCGAGUGCCUUUAUUGUGCUAAUAAUUGCCUAUCUUAGUAGCCGAAGCCUUCCAGGUUGUUCCUGCUAUGACAGCGUCACUGGAUUUGAGUGGCUACAUUCUAAUGAAGACCAUCUACAAACUUCAGAAUUAGCUUUCAUUUCAUCUGGUCAAACAGAUCGGAUUUUUAUUUCUCCAGUAAAACUUUCAGAUGUAAAUGUGGAAGAAGAUGAUGACAUUUCUAAACCUCCUCCCUAUAUCCGAUUCCCUUAAAAGAUCUACAAGAAUAUGUUUAAGAGACUCUUGAUAACUUAAGAGCGCAUCUUUGAAAUUCGGUGAAGUUCUUCCAGUGAUAACUGACAGCCUACAGGCAUCCUUGAACAGAGGAUUGUAAAUUCAAGAAUAGUGACCUGUUUAGCUAAGACAUUUUGUCAUAUUGUCCUAUAUAUGUUAACUUAAUCCCCCAACUUUUUUAUAUGAGAAUUGUUGUAUCAUUGUCAUUAUAAAUAAACUGUAACAACAAUGGUAA